AUGUCCCUUCGAAGACGUGCAAGGAAAGUGGAAAUUUCAAUGCCAACUAAUUUUGAGCAUCGUUAUCAUGCAGGAUUUAAUCCGGUUACUGGCCAAUAUCAUGGCUUACCAAAGCAGUGGCAAGCUAUAAUUGGUAUAACUCCGAAUAGACGCGGUCGCCCACGACCGAUGGUUGAUCCCAGUUGUAUUACACCGACGGAAAUAGCAGAAAUUAAGACAGUUGUUCGUGGAGAUGUGCCACAACCGUAUCGGAAUGGUGUCCCAGUGAGUAAUAAAUUACGAAACGAUCAUAUUGAAAUGCAAGGUGGUGUACAGGAUGAUUUUACACGAAUGGUACGCAUUUCAGAGCCAUGGACACGCUUUCCUCAGUCAUCAUCAUCUACAUCUUUCUUUGGUAUGCAACCAAAGCGUCACGUCCAACAACAUUCGUCUCUAAAAUUUCAAAAACUCAGUCCAGAAGAAAUGAACUUGCCGCGAACCUCAACAUACCAAAAUAGUAAGGAUUUGCAGCAAAAGCUUUAA